AUGGCCACUGAAACAAAGCAGAGUUGUUAUGAGCGCAGUUCUGUCCAGCGCUUUCAGUUCUACCUGAAACACUCAGGAGAGCAUGAGGCCAUUCUCCGGUGUGUUCACAACAUCCUGCCAGGAGAAUUUAAAAGAAUUGGAGCAGGUAAAAGCAGUCUGGAUGUUCUUGGUGUUGGAAGUGGUGGAGGAGAAGUAGAUGUCCAGAUACUCUCUCUACUACAGUCUGCAUUCCCUGCUGUUCCUGUCACUGCUGACAUUGUGGAAGGCAGCUCUGAGCUCACAGACAACUUCAAAGCUUUGGUAGCAAGAACCACCAGCCUUCACAAGAUCCCAUUUACUUGGCAUAUCAUGCACAGUGAGGACUAUGAGAAGCAAGUAAAAGCAAAGGGAGAUGUGAAGAAAUUUGACUUCAUGCAUAUGAUCCAGGUUCUGUACUAUGUGGAUGACCUUGCUGAAACAAUCAGGUUUUACCACAGCCUUCUGAAAAACAAUGGUAUGCUUAUGAUCAUUACUGAAACAGCCAACUGUGGUUUUGACACCUUGUGGAAGACUUACAAAAAGGAGCUCUAUAAUGACACCAUCACAGAGUACCGUUCAUCAGCAGAAGUUGUCACCCACCUGAAAAAGAGCUAGGGUCUGAAAUAUGAAGUGCAUGAUAUUCCCAACUCCUUUGACAUCACACAGUGCUUCAAUCCGAGCAGCGAGACUGGAGAAUGUCUGCUGAAUUUCAUGACAGCAAAAGAUAACUUCUACCAGUCCUUCAGCCCAGAGAUCAGAGCAGGCAUUUUAGACCUUCUCAGAAACAAGUGCAGCUCUGAAAAAGAUGGUAAGGUGUUCUUCAAUGCCAGUUUGAGCUGCAUACUGGUUUAUGAGGAAGUCCAUUCUGCCAUUUGAUCAAACCUACACUAUAUUU